AUGACAAUCCCAGACAGUGCGUCCGGAGACGCCCCUCUGCGCGGAGACGCGUCGCCGUCGUCGUCGUCAUCCGGGAGCUCUCACGCGAGCGUCAAAGAUGAGCGGCCCAUGGUGCCGAGGAGGGCGUUAGUUGUAGCCCUCGUCCUCGCUACAUAUGUCUACAGCCUCGAGACAAUGGUGACUAUGCAGUACACCUCCUAUGCGGCGUCCGCUGUCGGCCACCAUGACCAGCUGGGGACGCUGGCGUCUGCCUCGGCCGUCGUGUUGGCAGUAGGCAAGCCGCUGUCUGCGUCCAUUGCAGCCUCUGGACGCGGGCGGGCACUGUGCUUCAUUGCUGUGACCUAUUCCCUCGGGCUGGCCUUGAGUGCCACGGCGCGCAACAUGCCCACGCUGUUUGCGGGGCAAAUGCUCUACGCGGCGGCAUCGUCGGGUUUCCAGAUUGUUCUCCAGGUUGUCAUAGCCGACUUGUCUUCGCUGAGGCGACGCGGGGUGUGGAACGGCAUGCUGGCGGCGCCGUACCUUGUCAACCUCGUGGUCGCCGGUGAGGUUGUUCAGAGGACCCUGCCCAACUGGCGUGUGGGCUACGGCAUGUUUGCAGUCAUCGUCCCACUCACGUUUGCGCCGUUCACAUACCUCCUGUACAAGGAGGAGAAGCAGCAUGGACCAGUGGCCCAACCCCCGCUCAACCUCGACUACAAGGGCCUUGGGCUCCUCACGCUCACGCUGUCCCUUUUCAUCCUGGGCUCGUGGGGAGCGACAGUGUUCGCCUGUCACCUUAUCCCCAUCCUCUUCUUGCAUUCGCUGCGCACUCCGAACCCCGCCAUACCUGUCCGACUCUUGCACGGCGCCAUCCUCGGUUCAGCGCUCAUUGGCGCCUUGGACUUUGCCAGCUUUUACCUGGGCUGGACAUACCUCUACCCGUUCAUCACUGUGACCACUGAAUGGACGCCGCGUGCCGUAUCGUACUUUAUCUACACCAACACCCUCUCGCUCACUGCUGCGGGCCUCGCGGCCGGCGCCAUCCUGUACGCGACCAGACGAGUCAAGUGGCCCCUGUUCUGGGGCCUCGUCUUCCGCCUAGGCGGCGUGAUCCUCAUGUACAUUGCGCGGGCGUCCGGCACGACCCCGCUGCUCAUUGUGUCCCAGGCGCUGCCGGGGCUCGGGGGCGGGCUGGCCAACGUCGCGUCGUCCAUCUCGGCGCAGGCCGCGGCGCCCGACCGCAUCGGCGAGGUCAGCGCCAUGACGCUGCUCCUGGCCGAAGUGGGUAACGUCGCCGGUGCAGGUGCCGCCACGCGUAUCUGGAAGCGAUACCUGCCCGCAGAGCUCGAGCGCCAUGUGUCCGGUAACGGGACCGCGGGCGAGGAACUGCGGCGCGAGCUGUUCAAGAGCUUUGAGAAGAUUAUGGAGUAUCCCAUGUCGGAUCCCGUGCGCGCUGGGAGCGUCGCGGCGUACCGUGCCGUGAUGGGGAGGCUGGUCGGAUGUUCGGUCAUUGUAUCCCUUUUCCCGCCACUGGUCUGCUACCUUCUCACAGACGACGUGCACCUCGCAGACGACGUGCAGGUCGACGUUGAAGUCGAGGCAGACGGGCACGUCGAGGCUGCAGCCCAUGAACGCACCCCGUUGCUCCACAGCGAGCACCAGGACUAG